AUGGACUCGUUACUCAAUGUCAAGGGACAGUCGGAGCUGUUUGGUUGUUCAAAAAACACAGGCGAGGUUAUGAACCAUUCUUAUCUGCCUAAGCAUGUAGCGUCGUUGCAAACAUCCUUUUUCAAGCGAUCCCUCCGCUACUCUUCAAGUCGUGCAAAUGCCCGUAGACAUCUGAUCUCAGAAGGUCGCAAUACCGAGCCAAAAGACUCGCCUCUUCCUAAACUACCUCAGCGGUCACCCUGGUACCUCGAUACUGCGUACUCAAUCUUUGCGAAACGACCCACAAGACCGUUUCCUCCUCCGUUCGUGUCCUAUCCCUCUGGUUCCUUUUCUGAUCCGUUGACCACUCAUAACCGUCCGAGGUUACGACAAGCUGAGGUUGACGGUCAGUUGCUGAGAGGAAUCACGAACGGCGAUGAUGCCAUAAUCAUAGAUGGCCAGAACUUUCUGGCUGUGAACGAUGGUGUGGGUGCUUGGGCUCAGAAAGAACGUGGGCAUGCUGCACUUUGGAGCCGUUUGAUUGCGCACUAUUGGGCAGCAGAAGCUGAGAAAGCCUUCCGAAAUCCCGAGAAGGCCGAAAGUGAUGGACGUACACCUUCACUCGAUGAACUCGAUACGGUCAAAUAUCUUGAGAAUGCGUUCAGUCGAACCAAGGACGUUACAAAUUUCGGCAAAGAGAAUGAGAUCAUGGGCACUACUACAGCAAGUUCAGCGCUUCUUCAUCACAAAAGUCCUGACGAGCCAGUAGUACUGGCCACAAGUUUGGGUGACUGCGCAAUCAUGGUUAUUAGGCCGAGGAAUGAGAGCAUGAUCUACAAGAGUAAAGAGGACUGGCAUUGGUUUGAUUGCCCGAGACAAUUGGGGACGAAUAGCCCCGACACUCCUACAAAAAAUUCUUUCAUGGACAGAGUGGACGUUGAGGAGGGCGAUAUUGUCCUAUGUCUCUCCGAUGGUGUCACUGAUAAUCUUUGGGAAGAGGAGAUCACCGAAUGGAUUGGUCAUGCAAUGAAGAAGUGGAAGGCCAAUGAAAAGGAGGCAGAAGAUGGCAUCGUCUACGUUGCAAGAACGAUAAUGAACGCGGCGAGAGAGAUUGCCUUAGAUCCAUACGCUGGCAGUCCCUACAUGUCCCGAGCUGUUGAUGAAGGUCUUGCUGCUGAAGGUGGUAAAUUGGACGAUAUCAGUGUGGUCCUUGGUAUGGUCAAGCGACACAAGACCUAG